GUCACAUGACACGCAGAUCACCUGACCAAACCGAUGGUGGAAAACUGCGGUUUUUCCGUCACAUGGAAACCACAGCCCGGACGCUGGCUACACCCACAUAACCAAUUCCUCCUUUUCACAAUUCAGGAAAGUAUUGUUAGCGGAAAACGUUUCAAAAUGACGAAAUUAGAGAUUUUAAAUGCCUAUUUUACCGAGCGUUUAAUGGCGGCCGCGCAGGAGAUCAUGCACCUGGUGGGCGAGACAGUAAUGGAGUACCAGGAAGAAACUGUUCGGGCAAAGAGGGAGAACGAGAGUCUGAGACGGAGGUUGCGCGAAGCUGGGCUGGAUGGCGAAGCAGGACUAACUAAGCCGGUUCCCCCUCUCUGUGCGGACAGGGCCGUCUCUGAGCAUGAGGAGUGGGGCUCCACAGGGCAGGACACAGAGUCCACACUGACUGCAGUGAAGCUGGAGUUCUCUGAGCCGCAGAGGCACAGACAGGAGGAAGAGGAGCACCUCGGGCUGGAGUCUGGCACAGACGGGUCAGUAAUCCCGUCUCCAUGUUCGAAAAGGGAAUGUGGUCCAGACUCCCUAAACCAGCCAGCGUUCCCACCUCCAUGUGGGAAACGGGACAGCGUACAGGACCCUCAGAACCAUCUGGAUCUCAGACUGCAAAUUGGGAAUACUGAGGAAGAGGAAGGUACUCCCAGUGUCACACAUUAUCAGAUUAAAUCUGAGACUGAUGGAGUUGACUGUACCGUAUCAGAAGAGCCUGGUGAGGCACUGUUCGGUGAUACAUUCAAUCCUGCCAGUCAAACGGAUCAAAGUGAAAACAGUGGACGGGUAAAUGAGGAUAUAAGCAGUCGACCAAUGCUGAUGUCUGUAGAACAGCAUUCCAAAGAAAAACCAGGUGUGCUCCAAGGGGAGAGCUCGCUUUCCUGCGUUCACUGUGGGAAGGUCUUCAUUCAUGUGUCCAGGUUAAAGUCGCACCUCAGAACUCACACGGCGGAGUGUACCUUUCGCUGCGCUGUGUGCGGGAAGUGCUUCAGCCAGUCACGGCUGCUAACGGCUCAUCAGCGAGUUCACACGGGAAACAAGCCGUACUGCUGCAGCAUCUGCGGCAAGAGCUUUAACUAUUUGGCCAAGUUUAAGGAGCAUCAGCGAAUUCAUACGGGGGAGAGGCCGUACCGCUGCAGUUUUUGCGAGUUCUCUCCCCCUCUCCGUGCAGACAGGGCCGUUUCUGAGCAUCAGGAGUGGGGCUCCACAGGGCAGGACACAGAGUCCACACUGACUGCAGUGAAGCUGGAGUUCUCUGAGCCGCAGAGGCACAGACAGGAGGAGGAGAAGCACCGCAGGCUGGAGUCUGGCACAGACGGGUCAGUAAUCCCGUCUCCGUGUUCGAAAAGGGAAUGUGGUCCAGACUCCCUAAACCAGCCAACAUUCCCACCUCCAUGUGGGAAACGGGACAGCGUACAGGACCCGCAGAACCAUCUGGAUCUCAGACUGCAGAUUGGGAAUACUGAGGAAGAGGAAGGUACUCCCAGUGUCACACAUUAUCAGAUUAAAACAGAGACUGAUGGAGCUGACUGUACCGUAUCAGAAGAGCCUGCUGAGGGACUGUUCCUUCAUAAAAUAAAUCCUGCCAGUGAAACGGACCAAAGUGAAAACAGUGGACGGGUAGAUGAGGAUAUAACCAGCCGUUCAAACUUGCUGUCUGAACAGCAUUCCAAAGAACACCCGGAUCUGCUCCAAGGGGACGGCUCGCUGUCCUGCGCUUACUGUGGGAAGGUCUUCUUCCUUCUGUCCAGGUUAAAAUCCCACCUGAGGAGUCACACGGAGGACAGCUCGUUUCAGUGCAGCGUGUGCGGGAAGUGCUUCAGCCAGUCCGGGAACCUCAACGUGCAUCAGCGAGUUCACACGGGCAAGAAGCCGUACUGCUGCAGCAUCUGCGGCAAGAGCUUUAACUAUUCGGGUAAAUUUAAGGAACAUCAGCGAAUUCAUACGGGGGAGAGGCCGUACCGCUGCAGUUUUUGCGGUAAAUACUUUAGUCAGUCCGGACACUUGAAAGCACACGUGAGAAUUCACACAGGAGAGAAGCCCUACAGGUGCCCUGUGUGUGGAACCUGCUUCUCUCAGUUGAGCCAGAUUAAGAGGCACUUGCUAACUCACACACAGGAGAUGGCAUUAGGCAGUCACAGUCAGGGGGGAGAGCUGCACUAACUACUGUACUCUGCUGCAACACAGCAUCCUCAAAUAAAUUAUUUAAAGUAACUGGACUCAAGCUGUUAUUUAUAU